AUGGUAGCCCGAAAACACAUCAACGUGGCCAUCGUUGGGGCCGGACCAGGAGGAUUAGCGACUGCCAUCGCCCUCUCGGAGCUCCCCUACGUCUCCGUCACCGUCUACGAACGAGCCCCCGAGCCUCGGGAGGUCGGGGCUGGCAUCAGCAUCGGCCGCAAUGGCUGGAAUGUGCUGGAGUUGCUGGGCGCUGCCGACGGGGUCAAGGGGGCAAAGAAACAAACCCCCUUCCAACGCAAUGGUCGCACGGGCGAACCGGUCGUUCCGCGCGCAACGCCUGCUCCCCUCAGCCCCGAGGAGGCCAAGUAUGAAUCCAUUAGGGCUCGGAGGACCCGCCUGCAAGCCGCCCUGCUCGCCAGAGUUCCCGCCAACAUCAUCCGCUUCAACAAGAAGCUGGUUUCUCUGACGGAUCUUGGCGGGGAAGACAGGGAGGACGGGGUUCGUUUGCAGUUCCAGGAUGCGACCGUAGCGACCGCGGAUCUAGUGGUCGGGGCUGACGGGAUUCGUUCGGUCGUACGGCAGACAUUGUUCCCCGACCACCAUUUGCAUUUCACUGGAGUCACCGCGUGGCGUGUUCUGGUGCCAGUCGCCGCCAUCCGCCAUGUCGCCGACUUUCCCACCUCCACCGGAUGGUGGCACGGCCUCAACGGCUACUUCUACUUCUCGCACGUCGAUGACGAGCCCGACCGUGAGCUGUGCGAGAUCACCGUCCGGUCCUUCAACGAGCCCGAGGUGCCCGGCCGAACCGCAACCUGGGCCAUUCCAUCGACCAACGACCGCGUUCGCGCUCGGUGUGGGGAGUAUGAUCCUCGGAUCCAGGCCGUCUUGGAUGUGGUCCCGGAAGGGGACUGGCGAGAGUUCGCGAUGGCCGCUGGACCGUGUCUCCCGGAGAUCCAAGGCUGGGAUAAAGUGGCCUUAAUCGGAGACGCCAGCCAUCCGCUGUCCGGUGCCUUCGGGUCGGGGGCCGCGUUUGCGAUGGAGGAUGGAUGGAUUCUGGCCCGGGCAAUCGAGCAUACUAUCACCUCGAACACCACCAUCAAGGAUGCGCUCGGGAUCUUCCAACAGAUCCGGGCGCCGUACUAUGAACGAAUGCACGCGAGCGAUGUGAAGAAGGCUCGAGCGCUGAAUGGGGACUUUGAUACCGUCAUUAAGACCCGCGUCGCAUCAUUUGGAGGCGCCGGGGCGGAUUCGUUAGACUGGAUCUACAAGAACGAUAUCAAACAGGUCUGGUCGGAGUAUGUGGCGAGUGAGACCAGAUAG